GGAUUCCUUUUUGGCGGCAGUGUUGUCUCCUCGUUUAACCACACAAACAACAUUGACUACAUAGCUCGAGCCCAUCAGCUUGUUAUGGAGGGUUACAAAUGGAUGUUCGAUAGCCAGAUUGUGACUGUCUGGUCAGCCCCAAAUUACUGUUACAGGUGCGGUAAUGUGGCUUCGAUUCUAGAGCUUGACGAGAAUCUAAACAAAGAGUUCCGUGUGUUCGAGGCAGCGCAGCAGGACUCGAGAGGGCCUCCCGCUAAAAAACCUGCCCCUGAUUACUUCCUAUAAGGGGCAGAACUUUGACAACCCUACUACUUCCGAAGUAGAACUGAGGAAGAGAAUCACAGCUCGUUCAAGAGUCUGUGUCACAGUGCAGACAGAAGAAGUCUAUGCGAUACACAGGCGAGAUCUAUUUAAGUCACACUGGGGUUGUUUGAAAAAAAGUUACUGUUGUUUCCGGAUUUUACUUGUAAUGGUAGUUAAAGAGUAUUGUGUGUGAUGGUAGUUAAAAAUGAGUGUGUUUAUGUCAUAAUUUCAAGUUUUGUAAUUUCAUAAGAAAAGACCUCAAAAACAUUUUUGAAGCCCAACAGUCAUUUCAAUAGAGAGUUUCACAUGACCCGUUUGGGACCA